GAGAGUAUUAGAUCUAGACUGCCACACUGCUCGAUUUGUCGCAUAAAAAUUUGCUUGCGUUUGCUUCGUCGAAUUAAACCCGUGUUUUUGUGUUGUUCUUUCCCCCCAGCCAGCUAAAACCAAUCGAUAUGGCAGCUUACACCGAGGAUCAGUUGGCUGAAUUCCAGGAGGCCUUCAAUCUGUUUGACAACCGUGGCGAUGGCAAAAUCCAGCUGAGCCAGGUGGGCGAAUGCCUGAGGGCCUUGGGCCAGAACCCCACCGAGUCGGAUGUGAAGAAGUGCACGCACCAGCUGAAGCCAGAUGAGCGGAUCUCGUUCGAGGUCUUCCUGCCCAUUUAUCAGGCGAUUUCCAAGGCCCGGUCCGGCGAUACGGCCGAUGACUUCAUUGAGGGACUGCGUCACUUUGACAAGGACGCCAGCGGUUACAUUUCCUCCGCCGAGCUGCGCCAUCUGCUCACCACGCUGGGCGAGAAGCUGACCGACGAGGAGGUGGAGCAGCUGCUGGCCAAUAUGGAGGAUCAGCAGGGCAAUAUCAACUACGAGGAGUUUGUGCGCAUGGUAAUGAGCGGUUAAGCUAGCUGCCGCCUCCUCCUAUUUCCAGCUCCUCCAGCACCAGGACACACAACACUAAACACACACACACACACACACA